UGCGCAUGCGCGGCGGCGGCGCACCAAGAUGGCGGAGCCCGGCGAGCCGACGCGGCGGAUCCCGCUGGUGCCGGAGAACUUGCUGAAGAAGAGGAAGGCGUACCUGGCCAUCAAAGCCACCCAGGCCAAGCAGGCUCUGCUCAACAAGCGCAAGCAGCAGAAGGGGAAACAGAUCCAGUUCAGGCGCCUGGAGACCUUUGUCCGGGAUUCAUGGCGCAAACGCCGGGAUGACACCCGGCUGAGGCGCAUGGAGCAGAGGCCUGGGCAGGCAGCAGCACCUCAGGAGAGCAAACUGGCCUUCGUCGUGAGAAUUGUGGAUAUUAAGGGAGUGACUAAGAGGGUAAAGAGAGUGAUUGAGCUGCUGCAGCUGAGGAAGAAUUACACUGGGAUAUUUGUGAAGCUGAGCCCACUGUCGCUGAAGAUGCUCCGGAUCGUGGAGCCUUACGUGGCGUGGGGACAGCCUAACCUGAAAUCUGUACGAGAGCUCAUCCUGAAACGGGGCCAAGCCAAGAUCAAGAAAAAGAGGGUGCCUCUGACAGACAACGUGCUGAUAGAGGAGCAUCUCGGGGACUGUGGUAUCAUUUGCCUGGAAGACCUUAUUCAUGAAAUCUACUCAACUGGGAAGCAUUUCAAAAGAGUAACCAGAUUUCUGUGGCCAUUCCAUCUGUCGGUGGCUCGCCACGCAUCACGGAACAGAGUGGGUUUCCUCAAGGAGAUGGGCAAGCCUGGCUACAGAGGUGAUGCAAUCAACCAGCUCAUCCGUCAGCUCAACUAGUCAGGGGUUUUGUGAAAACUUCAGGACCUAUGACCUGUACUUUUUCACGUGUACUUUUCAUGGCCAUUACCUACAUUCAGAGAUCUAUAUGCAACUUCUCUUGACUGCUGGUGCCUCUAUAAAAGAAGAAAUAGAGAUGAUGACGGAGAUGGACUUUGGGCUGGCCCUUCUUAAAGAAGAAGAUAAAUUCUUUUUGGUACAAGAAUGAGCUUCUUGGAGCAAUUUGAUGUAAAAUAAGUGGUUUUUAUGCUCACUACUGCAGACUUCACUCUCUGAAGUGCACCUGCUUCUAGGGGUGAAGGGGUCCUGCAGUCACAAUUGUGCUGACAGGCAAAAUAAAACACCGAAGUGUUCUGUUACAGGAGCAUAAGCCCUGGCAGUGAAUAAUCUUACUUUUUAAGUACCUAGAUUGUAUUUAUUUUAAAAAAAACCACUAUACGUUUUGUGCUCCUGAUUUAAAGAGGACUGUCUUUUUUACUUCUGCUGGAUUAGGAAGAAUUAUUUCCUGAAAAUAGGAAGGCCCAAAAAGGUGGUUAUACACUCAUGGGGUGGGGUAUAUGUAAGCACUGUUUUUUAAAUAAACU